CGCCGUGCGCUUCCCGUUCCCCUGCGCGGGCGGCGGGGCCGCUGGCGGCGGCCGGGCUGGAGCGUGCCGCGGGCUGGGUGAGCGGCUGCCGCGCCCGGGAACCCACGGAGGGAGGGUGGCGGUCUCCCGGCUCCGGUCCGCUCUUGCAGCCGCCUCCGCGCUCCGCGUCUCCUGCCGGGAACGGGCUGCGGCCCGGAGCCCUGCGCCCCCUCGGAGGCAGGCGGGCGGGAGGGAAGGGGUGACCUGCAGGCACACAGAGGCGGCCCAGUUUCUGUAUGCAUGGAUGUCACCUGAAUCUUCUUAGCAGACCUUAAAUUGUGUGUCAGCUUACCCUAGCCAUGAGUGGCUCCAAACCUGAUAUCCUGUGGGCCCCACACCAUGUGGACAGGUUUGUUGUGUGCGAUUCAGAGCUGAGCCUUUACCACAUUGACUCUGCUGUAAGUUCAGAGCUCAAGGCAGGAUCCUUGCGGCUGUCGGAGGAAACUACGGCUACACUGCUGUCCAUAAAUUCGGAUACACCGUACAUGAAAUGUGUGGCUUGGUAUCCCAAGUACGAUCCUGAAUGUCUCCUUGCUGUUGGACAGGCCAAUGGCCGAGUGGUACUUACCAGCCUCGGGCAAGAUCACAACUCAAAAUCCAAAGAUUUGAUAGGCAAAGAGUUUGUUCCCAAACACGCUCGGCAAUGCAAUACCCUGGCGUGGAACCCCCUGGAUAGCAAUUGGCUCGCUGCUGGGCUAGAUAAACAUCGGGCUGACUUUUCCGUACUGAUCUGGGAUAUCAGCAGCAAAUAUGCCCCAGAGACUGCAGUUGCUGCAGAGAAAGUGAGGCUUUCAGCAGGAGAUGCGGAUGCAGGCCUGGUAGUUACAAAACCACUGUAUGAAUUAGGACAGAAUGAUGCUUGUCUCUCUCUCUGUUGGCUUCCACGGGAUCAGAAACUGCUCUUAGCUGGAAUGCAUCGAAAUCUGGCUAUCUUUGAUCUUAGGAACACAAGCCAAAAAAUAUUUGUGAACACCAAGGCUGUCCAAGGAGUGACUGUUGAUCCCUAUUUCCACGAUCGUGUUGCUUCCUUCUAUGAAGGUCAGGUUGCCAUAUGGGAUUUAAGAAAGUUUGAAAAGCCUGUUUUGACCUUGACAGAGCAACCAAAACCCUUAACAAAAGUUGCAUGGUGUCCAACAAGGACUGGACUGUUAGCUACUUUAACAAGGGAUAGUAACAUCAUUAGACUGUAUGACAUGCAGCAUACUCCCACCCCCAUUGGAGAUGAAACUGAGCCGACAAUAAUUGAGAGAAGUGUCCAACCAUGUGAAAAUUACAUUGCUUCAUUUGCCUGGCAUCCCACAAGUCAAAAUCGAAUGGUAGUAGUGACUCCCAACAGGACUAUGUCCGACUUCACAGUUUUUGAAAGAAUUUCUCUUGCAUGGAGUCCAGUGACAUCCUUAAUGUGGGCUUGUGGACGACAUUUGUAUGAGUGUACAGAAGAAGGAAAGGCUAGUUCCUUGGAAAAAGACAUAGCAACCAAAAUGCGCCUCAGAGCUCUGUCAAGAUAUGGUCUUGAUACUGAACAAGUUUGGAGAAAUCACCUCCUAGCUGGAAAUGAAGAUCCUCAGCUGAAAUCGCUUUGGUACACUCUGCAUUUUAUGAAGCAGUAUACUGAAGAUAUGGAUCAAAAACUUACAGGAAACAAAGGUCCCUUAGUUUACACUGGCAUUAAAUCAAUUGUGAAGUCAUCUUUGGGAACAACAGAGAACCUCAGGCACAGCAGGAGUGGAUCUGAUAGACAGGCAGAUAUUAUUCAAUAUCUGAGUGAGGAGAGAUCUUUGGCUUUGCAGCUCUGUGGGUGGAUAAAGAAGGGAACAGACUUAGAUGUGGAACCUUUCCUAAGUUCAUUGGAGCAGGAGGGAGACUGGGAGCGAGCAGCUGCUGUAGCACUUUUCAACUUGGAUAUACGGCGAGCAAUACAAAUUCUGAAUAAAGGGGCUUCCUCGGGAAAAGGUGAUCUGAACCUUAAUGUCGUAGCAAUGGCUCUGUCAGGCUACACAGAUGAGAAGAACUCACUUUGGAGAGAAAUGUGCAGUACUCUAAGACUGCAGUUGAACAAUCCUUACUUGUGUGCUAUGUUUGCUUUCCUGACGAGUGAGUCUGGUUCAUAUGAUGGUGUUUUGUAUGAAAAUAAUGUAGCUGUACGAGACAGAGUGGCAUUUGCUUGCAAGUUCCUCAAUGAUGCUCAGCUCAACAGGUUUAUUGAAAAGCUGACAAAUGAAAUGAAAGAGGCUGGGAAUUUGGAGGGAAUACUGUUAACAGGGCUGACAAAAGAUGGAGUUGACUUGAUGGAAAGUUACGUUGACAGAACUGGAGAUGUCCAGACAGCAAGCUAUUGCAUGCUACAGGGUUCCCCAUCAGAUGUACUCAAGGAUGAAAGGGUUCAGUACUGGAUUGAGAACUACAGGAAUCUUUUAGAUGCAUGGAGGUUUUGGCAUAAACGUGCAGAAUUUGAUAUUCAUAGAAGUAAGCUGGAUCCCAGCUCAAAGCCUUUAGCCCAGGUCUUUGUGAGUUGCAAUUUCUGUGGAAAAUCAAUCUCUUACAGCUGUUCAGCUAUUCCUCAUCAGGGGCGAGGUUUUAGCCAGUAUGGAGUCAGCGGUUCGCCAACCAAGUCCAAAGUUACGAGCUGUCCUGGUUGCCGAAAGCCCCUUCCCCGCUGUGCACUUUGCCUGAUAAAUAUGGGAACACCAGUUUCCAGCUGUCCAGGAGGAUCCAAGUCAGAUGAAAAAGUGGAUCUUAGCAAAGACAAGAAGUUAGCCCAGUUCAACAACUGGUUCACUUGGUGUCACAACUGUAGGCAUGGUGGACAUGCUGGACAUAUGCUGAGCUGGUUCAGGGACCAUACUGAGUGCCCAGUUUCUGCCUGCUCUUGUAAGUGUAUGCAGCUGGAUACAACAGGGAAUCUCGUUCCAGCAGAGACUGUCCAGGCAUAAAUACUGUUAGGAAAUGUGUGGCUCUCUAAUGGAUGUCCAUCAUAGUCCAAGCAGAUAUUUUAGACAAAGGUAAUUUGUGACUUACUGUGAAAAAAUAAAUUGCUAUCAAAGUAA